CACAGAUGGAUCAGAUUGGAUCAGAUGAAGGGAUUGGCAUGAUCGCAAACAGCAGGUACAGCAGGUACAGCAGGUACAGCACAAUACAUAAAGUACGAACCCACUUUCUCGUCGGAACUCAGGUCUACCGCCUCUCUUCUGUCACUUCUCCCAUGCUCAAUCCCCCACAUCAUGCAGCCAGCCAACCUGACCCUGGCCCCCAAAGGCAGGCAAAGUACCGGAUACCGGCCUCUUGCCCCGUUGAAACCGCAGCUCUUCUUGUACCGGAUACCCGGCUUUACGGGCCACGAUCCACGCUCCGCCUCCCGCCUCCCGACUUGUGUCUUCGCCUCAGGUGUGCUGGCGCUGGCGCUGGGGCGGGCUGACUGGCCUGGCCUGGCCGAGGUCCCGUUGUCGCUCUGGGGCUGUGGUGUAAGCACACCGAUAUCCUCGCCGCUUCUUACUCGCUCGAGUCACCAACACACCAUGGCCAAUACCGCCGUCACCACUGUCCUGCCAUCCAAUGCAAUAGCCCAUGGCCCAAUAGGCCAGCUACCCUGUCCCCUAAAAAAAAACCCAAGACACGGCAAUUGCCGAGAAUUCGUGUUUGAGGUUAACGCCCCCCAGCGAAGCAACGCGUUACCACGGAUAAUGGGCUGCAGUCCAACAGAGAAGUGGAGGGCCGGCGGCUGGUUGCAUCCGCAGCAUAUAACCCAAUACGAAUACAGCACCCAAGUUCCAUGGCCUACCCGAUCGAGCAGUAGGCGACAGCCAGCCUGGGUUCCGGAGUACAGACAACUCUGAGACUCUGCCCUCGGCUGGGCCAAGACUCUCCAACGUCUCCAUUUCUCGACAGAGGUUCGGAGGUCGGUCUGCAAUUAGCGGCAGGGUGACCAAGCCAGGCGGCUCCCGUGACUGAGGGAUUGACGGUCUGGCUUGCGGCAUCGGUCAGUCACUGGACUCACGGGGUCGGCCCACGAGUCGGAGCCACUGGUCACGGAGUGUCCACCAGAGACGGGGGACGUGAUGGAAAGAAAAAAAGACGUGCCCUAAGCUACAAGCCUAAGAAAUGGC